UGAUUUUGCCAUUGUUAGUAAAGAACAGACGAAGUCGUGAAAUGUGUCUGAGUAUUUUUUGCUGUUGUCCCGCGUCGGAGGUGAUGUAGUGGUGCAGUUCAACCAUAUAACUUUUUUGCAACUUGUGAAGACAAGCUGCUUUCUUUGCAGAAGACCCAGCGGAAACAAAGAAUAUGGCGUCCCUGGGUGGAAGCAGUUCAGCUACAGAGUACACAGUACGAGUUCCAAAGAAUACAAGCAAGAAGUACAACAUUAUGGCUUUCAAUUCUGGUGACAAGGUGAACUGCUCCACCUGGACCCAGGCCCGCAUGGAACGAGACAUGAGCAACAGGCGGAUGUACGCCGAGGAUGAGAACCAGGAGGGAGCCGCUGGAAGCGAGUUUGGCAAGAAGCAGAGGGAGGAGGCUCGAAGGAAGAAGUACGGCAUCGUCACGAAGGAGUUCCGCGUGGAGGACCAGCCCUGGAUCCUCAAGGUCAAUGGGAAAGCAGGUCGAAGGUUCAAGGGCCAGAAGAAAGGAGGGGUGACUGAGAAUGCCUCCUACUAUAUCUUCACCCAGUGCCCUGACGGAGCCUUUGAGGCCUUCCCCGUCAACGGCUGGUACAAUUUCACCCCCCAGGCCAAGCACCGCACUCUGACGGCCGAGGAGGCAGAGGAGGAGUGGGGCAGGAGGAACAAGGUGGUGAACCACUUCAGCAUCAUGCUCCAGCGACGCCUCAGGGAGCAGGAGCGCGGCGAAGACGACGACGACGACGAGGAGGGCGGGAAAGGCGGCAAGAAGAAGAAGAAGAAGGGCGGCCGGGGAGGCAGCGACCUGCGCAUCACCGACCUGGAGGACGACCUGGAGAUGAGCAGCGACGAGAGCGGCAGCAGUGGUGGAGAAGAUGGAGAGAGCAAGCCAAAGAAGAAGAAACCCAAGGGGAAGGGGAAGAAGAAGAAAAAGGGUGACGGUGACAAAAGUGCCAAUGAGGACAGUGAUGAUGGUGACUUUGAAGGUUUAGAAGUCGACUACAUAUCAGAUGAAACUAGUUCUGAAGAAGAGGAGCAAGAGAAGGCAAAGCCCAACAAAGGAGAGGACGUGCCUAAAGGUAUUGACGAGAUGUCUGAGAGUGAGGAAGAAAGUGAGGAGGAGAAACCGAAUGAAGAGGAGACCAAAGAAGAGGAAGAGGAGGAUGAAGGAAAGAAGACCCCUGUGCACAUGGAGAAGAAAAAGAAGAAAGCAGACAGCAGUGGAGAGUCGGACACCUCAGAAGACAGUGACAUCGAUGGAGAGGCCACCUCAGCUCUCUUUAUGAAGAAGCGCACCCCACCCAAACGUGGAGGCCGGGGCUCAGCUGGAAGCUCCAGGACAGGGAGUCGCCCCGGCACACCAUCCAUCGACAGCGCCUCCACCUCCAGCACGCUGAAGGCAGCCGCCAGCAAGCUGGAGCAAGGAAAACGUCAAACAACAACGACCAGCGCAGAGACCCCAGCGGCCAAGAGGCUGAAGAUGGACCCCUCCCCUCAAAGCCCCUCAGGAAAGAGUACUCCUCAGCCCUCGUCUGGGAAGUCCACGCCCAGCGCCAGCAGUGAUGUGCAGCUGACAGAAGAUGCAGUGCGGCGGUAUCUGAUCCGCAAGCCCAUGACCACCAAGGACCUGCUGAAGAAGUUCCAGACAAAGCGCACUGGACUCAGUAGCGACCAGACGGUCAAUGUGCUCGCCCAGAUCCUCAAGAAGCUCAACCCGGAGAGGAAGAACAUCGGUGACAAGAUGCAUUUCUACCUUACCGAGUGAGGCCUUUGGAGAAGAGUGGCUUGCAUGUGGAGAGACACAGCAGGGCCUCUGAAAAGCAGUGAAUUGGGGGAUUAGGUGAGGACUUCACACAGGACUGCCUUGGAGGGAACAAGAAUGUUUAAAAUAUCACUGGAGCUUGAUUAUCCCAGGUUGACUUGGAGUUAGAACCCCACAAGGGGGUUAGUAUUGCAUUUUGAGAUCGAAAAUGAUCUGAAUUAUACCAAGCUCGAAUGAGCUGUGGUACAUAGCCACUUAAUGGAAUUGCUGUUUUUUUUCUAUUUGUGUACUUUUAAAUAAAUAUAUAUGUUGUGAGCCAGUGUGCCAACCUGAAUAAAACACACAUGGUAAUGUCA